GGCUCUCUCAGCAGCAACACCACAAGCACAAAUUACCAGGUGGCUGGACGCUUAGCUGUACGCAUUCUGGCGGCAUCGGCGAGCAUACGUGGGCACCUGCGGAUAGACGUGAUAGGCCCUGCGAGCCAAUUAGGAACCCUGUUCGCCCCCCGAGAAGGAGAACCGCAUCGUUUUCGACGAAGCCGAUAUAGUCUCGUCCUCGACAAUCACAUGCAGAAACGACAACAACGGGAAAGUUUCGGUGAUCCGCGCUUCUACAACUUGAAUAGGCGUUUAUGCUGACGGGGAGGAAUCUGCGAGAUCUCUCUCGAUUGACAUGAUGGGCAAUGCCGACGGGAAGACGAGAACCAUCUUCUGUGCAGGAAAUCUACCGCCGGAAAUUUCAGGACAUCGUAUUAUAUGUGAUGACAAAUGCGUUUACUCAUUUGGAGGCUAUUCACCGAAGGGGAACGAUGAUCCCAUCGUGAAAGAACUCUGGAGAUUCCACUGCCUAAGGAAAGAGUGGACAAAGGUCCCUGUGGCAGGCUCAAUCCCGAAGGAGGUUGCUUCCAGUGGAGUCGUGUUAUUCGACAAUCACAUGUUCCUCUACGGUGGUACAGGCCUCCCCUUUGGUCACCGUCUCAAUGGGGACGUCUAUUACUGUAGUCUAGCGAAGAGGAAUGAAAAGGGAGCCGUUGUGUGGAGGAAACUACCGGUCGAGGGGAAGGCUCCGAAUCCCAGAUACGGGCAGGCGGUUGCAGUCAAUAAGCACUGCCUGUAUGUAGUCGGAGGAACCGAUGGCAGCAAUUAUUCGAUUGAAGUACAUCGGUUGCAUUUACGAAAAUUCCGCUGGGAGAAGCUGGCAGAAGAUUCGCUAGAUCCACUGGAUGAUGUCCCAGAGAUCAGAUAUCGAGCGGAGAUAAUCAUCCAUGAUGAUGAAAUUCUCGUUUUCGGAGGUGGUACCCCUGAUUUGGUGUAUGGCCUUUCAAUGCUACCGGUGUUUAAUUUGACCACGCGGAAGUGGACGCGGAAGGGGACGCUCCCGGACCCCGUGAACGGUUACCCAGGGGCAAGACGGUGCCACAGCGUGGUGCAAUCGACCUGCGGCACUUGGGUUGUAAUCGCAGGCGGCAUUGGCGAUCACAGAUGUUGCGACGACAUUUGGAAGCUGAACUUGGUCGAGAUGAGAUGGAUGCGACUCGACCGAUCCUUACCGGAAGGAGUAUUCUUCCAUUCCUCGGCAAUAAGCACCGGCAAUCGCAUGUACACUUUCGGAGGCGUGCUGGCAUCGAAUGAGAGGACCAACAAGUUAUCAGUGUUAGACGUUACGGUACCUUCUCUGCAAGACAUGUGCGUGCAAAUACUCCUGGAUGCUAAGCCUUCGCUCUUCGGGACGGAAUUUGACGACUUGACGAGGUUGGGAGUGCCUCGGAAAUAUGCUCGUCGGAUAACCCCGUGAGCGAAAGAAGGUUCAGAAGAUACCAUCGUCACCGCAAUCGAAUCACCAGAGAUUGUUUUUUUUCGUCGUUGAUCGAGCGUAGAUUCGGAGAACCAUCGCGUCUCCUUUGUCGGUAUUGAUUCUCCACAUUCAUCCGUUAGCGAGAUGUGUAAAUCGCUCGCAAGCGGAGUCAUUAGAAGCCUAGGGGUCAUUACGAGUCGCGCCAUUUCCGAUGUUUCUAUGUAUCUUCGAAGUAAGCCUCUUGAGGCUCGAACUCGACGAGAAGCGAGAGUUCAUCAUCCCUGGUGGAAGAAGAAUUGUACAGAGCAGUAAAGUGACUUUUUGAGAGGAA